CUCCGCGAGCCGCCCGGACCAGAGGAGGCAGGACAACAACAAGGAGCUCAGCAGAAACACGUCACCGCGUCGCGCAGUGAUGAGGUAGAUCGUGGCGGUGAGGCAAGAUGGCUACCUCUGCUUGGCUGCAUGGCCCCUCCAGUAUGCGUCUAACGGAGGGUUUGGUGUCCGUGCUGAAGGAGCAGCGUCCGGAGUACCUGCCCGCCCUGCUGGCCAACUACAGAGAGCAUGGCGUCUUCCCGACACAGGGUGCAGCAGCCGCCGGGGGGCUGGUGGGCUUCAGCAAUGCCAAACUUGGCUCCAGCAAGACAAAGUUCGAGGGCCUGUGCCUGCUCUCCAUGUUGGUUAAGGACAGUUCCAGUGAGCUGUUUCAGCAGCACUGCCUGUCCUGGCUGCGCUCAGUGCAGCAGGUCAUACAGUCCCAGGCUCCAGUUCAGACUAUCCAUCUAGCGGUGAGUGUUCUGCAGGACUUGUUGCAGUACUCGGCCCAGCUAGCGGAACUGGCCAGGGAGGUUGGCCUCAACUCCGUCCUGGGCAUCCUCACCUCUCUGCUGGGCCUCAAGACCGAGUGUGAGCUGGCAGCCAUGGAGGGGAUGACUGCCUGCAUGAUCUACUACCCCAAAGCCUGUGGAUCCCUCAGGGACAAACUCGGAGCCUAUUUCCUCUCCAAAAUGGACAGUUCCAACAAGAAAACACAGGAGAUGGCCUGUUACUGUUACGGUCGCCUGCCCUGUCUCGGGGGGGUGCUGGAGAGAGGUGUGGGUGCUGGCAGGGCGGAGGGCUGGGCCAAUCAGAUUCACUGUCUGCUGGCCUCUGCCAAUGGCUUGCUGGCUCAGAUGUACCAGGGGUCAGAAUCAGAUGGAACGGUGCAGUAUGAGGGGCCGGGAGUGGAGCUGCCUUUCCCACCUUUCGACCAAUCAGACCCUCUCCUGCUGCUGCAGCUCCAGCACAGAUACUCCGCCGUCUGCCUGGCACUCAAACACACACUCAGAGUGGAUCCAGCCUCAGCAGUGCGUGUGCCAGUCAGACCAGUGCUCAACCUUGUGUGUCGGGCCCUCGCCAUCAGCUCCAGGAGCAUAAAUGUGACAGGAGAUGGAAGUUUGAGGCUGCUGGUGUUGCCCUCCGUUCACACCAGCACACUAGACAUCCUGUCAGCUCUCAUCACAGUCGUGCGCAGCAGCAUGGUUCAGUACUCCGCUGUGCUGCAGAGGCUGUUUUCCCAAACCCUCUCUGCGUGGGCGCCUCAGCCUGAAGCCAGCCCGGGACAGCAGAGAGCCUUCAGUUCAGUGCGGGUAGCCGUGUACAGAACCUUAGAGCUCUGGGUUCAGGUGGGCGGAGCCUCCAGCAGCAUUCUUCAGGGAAACCAUACCCAUUCUGAACUCCUGUUUGGCCACCUGCUGGGUGACAUCACACCGGGGGCGGAGUCCGUCAAGCUUCGAGCCGGCCCAUCAUCUGAAAUGCUGGUUUCCCAAAAGCCCGGCCCUCGGCGCACAAAGUCUUUAGUUAUAGUGGAUGGUGGGCCUUCGCUCCAGAAGAAAGGAGACCUUUUGGCCAAUCAGGACACUUGCCUGUCAGCCCUGAAAGCACUGAGACAGAUCGUAAUGACCAGUGGUACACUGCUUAAGGAUGAUAUACACAAGCGUCUCCAUGACGUCGUCCUGCCGCUGUGUGUCCGCCUGCAGCAGCAGCAGUCCAGUAGCAGCGCUGCGCUGGACUCUGUAGGGGGGAUCAGUGGUCAGUACAGCAGCGCCCCCCCUCGACGAGCACUCUACAGACUGCUGCUGGCUCUGGUCCUCGUGCCGUCACCUCGCUGCCCUCCUCCCGUAACCUGCGCCGUGUCUAUCUUCAGCCGUGGACGCACCGACCGAAGCCUCAAGGUGUCUUCACUCUGCACUGAGGCUCUGACCGUCUGUAACUCACUCCUCCACCCCCGCAACCCAUCCAUCUCCUUGCCCUUACCACCUCUCACCUUCAAACCCACACCUACCGCCCCGGUCCUCCCCCCCUCCCAAGGACCCUCCUCUGGACUCACUCUACCCACACUCCUGGGGGGCCCCUCCCCUGGCCCUCCCUUCCCCACUCGACACUCCCUCAGCCUGGGUCCCGCCGCUCUGCUGGGCUCCCUUGAAAACCACCUCUCCCUGGUUCCCACAGGGCUGCCAGGCCAGGCUCCCACCCCAGGAGACAUGCUUCUCUCCCCUCACGGCCACCCCCAGCCAGACCUGGCUGGGCUGGGCCCCCCCGAGGGACAGAGGCCUGUGUUUGUCCGCUAUGACAAGGAGGAAGCAGAGGAUGUAGAGAUAUCGCUGGCCAGUGAUUCAGACGACAGCGUGGUCAUCGUUCCUCCGGGGAUGCUGAGCAUGGAGAACCAGCAGGAUGAAGCGUCAAUAACCGCAAACUCGGCAGCACAAAACCUGGCCUCCAUCACCCCCGGGGCCACUAGUGUGGCGUUACCAGGUGGAGAGGGCGGGGCUACUGGGGUCACCACCACCACUGCGCCAACAACAAUUGAUGGGGUUUCACUUGCCAAUGACCUCCCCUCCUCCUCCUCCUCCCUCCUCACCACGUCAACCACCACACCCAUCAACUCCUUCCCUCCUUCCAGCGCCUCUCUGGUCUCCCUGGUCCCACCACUGAACUCCACCCCCCUCACAGCUCCGCCCAGCGCUCUGGGCGAGUCGUUACCAGGUGGGCCCCAGCUCCAGCAGAUGCUGAUGCAGCCCUCCACGCAGGGCCAGCCCAGUCCCAUGGGCCUGCCGCUGCAGAUGCACCAGCUGCAGAACCAGUUGAACCAGCAGGGACGGCAUCUCCACCAGCACCAGCCACAGCCCGCCAGCAACGAAGACUCAGCCGUCAUCAACAUCAACAGCUCAGAUGACGAAGAGGAGGAGGAGGAGGAGAUGGAAGAUGAUGACGAGCUGGAAGAGGAGGAGGGUAUGGAGGAGGAAGAGGAGGAGGAUGGGAGCGAUUUUGCUGAAGAUGAGUUUUAUGAAGGGGAGGAGUAUGAAGAGUAUGACGAGGAGGAGGCAGAAGAGCUGGAAGAGGAGGAGGAAGAGGAGGAGGAGGAUGGAGAUAUCCCUCCACUGGAGGGAGCAGAGGACAGGAGGGGAGGGCUAGGAAUAGAGGAGGGGAAGGUGCUUCGAGGAGCAGUUGAAGAGGAAGAGAUAGGUGGUUUCAGUGUGGAGGGAGAAGCAGAAGGAGGAAUAGAGGAGAUCCAAGCCAACAGGGCGCUGUUUGGAGAAGAGAGGAUGAAAGUGCAGGAAGUGGAGAGCAUUGGAGUCCUGGAGGAGGCCAGGGAAGGAGAGGGAGAGGAGGAUGAGAGUGAACGGAUGGAUGACCCCACUAUGCCUCAGAUCCUCUGUGUGACGGGAGGAGCGCUGGAUGAGCGGCAGGAGCCAGAGGAGGAGGCAGAGGGAGGAGGAGAGGGAGCACCACAGGAGGAGGGCCGGUCGUGGGAGCAGGGAGCCAGUGAGGCUCAGCUGACUGCCUCCUCAGAGGAGGGCUCAGCCACUCAGAAUCAACAGGAGCAAAGAGGAGAAGCUGCACAGGAGGCCGGCGCCAGUGACGGCCAGCCGCCCGAUCAGCAGGAGGAGCAGCCAGCAGCCAAACCAGACGGCGACUCGGCUCCCGCACAUCCAGAAACCUCAGCCGCCGCCAGCGAGAAAGAGAGUGAGGAAGAGGAGAAAGAUGGAGAGAAGAUAGAACAAGAAGGAGCGGAAGAGCAGGGGACACCAGGAGAAGGAGAAGGGGACGCAGAGGAUGGAAAAGGAGUGAAGAGGAAGAGAGAGGAGGAUCAGAAGGAGGAAGAGGCGGGGCAAAGCACAGAGAAGAAAAAGAUGGAUGAUGAAGCCAUGGCCUCGAUGUUAGCUGAUUUUAUCGCCUGUCCACCUGAUGAUGAAGAUGGUGCCUCUGGAUCCAACCGCUCAUAAAAAAAAAAAAAAGAGAGAGAGAAGAAGAAGCCAACACAAA